AUGUCCAAGCACAUCCGCCUCGGCAUCCUCACCCCUUCGUCCAACACGAGCCUGGAACCCCUAACACAAUCCCUCAUCGCACCCCUCCAGACCGUAACAGUGCAUUUCUCGCGCUUCCCCGUGGUAAAAAUCAGCCUGGAGUCCGACGCACUCUCGCAAUUUCAAACCGAGCCGAUCCUCGCCGCCGCACGCCUUCUCGCUGAUGCAAACGUCGACAUCAUCGGCUGGAGCGGCACAUCCUCGGGCUGGCUGGGUUUUGAGGCCGAUGAGGCGCUCUGCGGCGCCAUCACGGAGGCUACGGGGAUUCCCGCAACGACCUCCGUGCUUGCGCUGAACAAGGCGUGUAAGAAGUUUGGGGUGGAGAGGUUGGGGCUGGUUACGCCGUAUGUGGAUGAUGUGCAGGACGCCAUAGUGAAAACGUACGGGAGUCUUGGGAUUGAAGUUAGUGAGGAAAGGCAUUUGGGCUUGUCGAAGAAUACGGCAUUUGCGGAGAUUGGGGAGGAGGUGCUGGAUGGGAUGGUUGCUGAGGUUGUUCGCGGGAGGACUUCGGAGGCUAAGGGUGUGCAAGCGAUUACUACGUUCUGUACGAAUCUACGAGCGGCGCAGCGGGUGAGCUUUUGGGAAAAGGAGCAUGGUGUGCCGGUUUUUGAUACGGUGGCGACGGUGGUGUGGGAUAUGCUGAGGCACUGUGAGGUGAAUACGGCGCCGUUGAGAGACUGGGGGGUUCUUUUCAGAAAAGCAUAG